AUCCUCCACAUUCUUUGCUAUUUCCCCAUUGGCCGGAUGGGGCUACCCUCCCCGCCGCGGCCGCUGCUGAUGUCAGCCUCGCUCGCGCUCGCUCCUCCCGCACCCACCUCCCGGCCCCAGGCACACUGCAUCGGCGCGGACGCUCCGGCCCCGGCGAGGUGGCUGCAAACUCGCGGGCACGCACGGCGCCCGGGGAGCCGAGGGACUCGGGGGAGGGGACGCGCACGGAAGGCGCCAGCUUCCUCCCGCCCGCCCCUGGCAGCCGCGAGCCGAGGUUGGAGGCGCCCAGGGCCCCAGCCGGGCAGAGCCGAGCGGCGGCGUCGGCUUCCCUUUUCUAACCCCGAGCCGAGCCCCGGAGCGGCGCGGGGACCGGCCCUAAAAAGAGCAGGAAACCUUGUUUACCGCCCGCGGAGAGAAGCCGAUCGAGCCUUUGUCUGGAAAGUCAGCAUCUCCGGCUCCGGCUGCAAUGUGUUCCUGGUGACAUUAGCAUCGGGCAGACCCGCCGGAGGAGGGGGGUCGCCAGGUUCCCGUCUGCUUUCGGAGGCGGAUCGAGCGGGUGACUUUUGUGCAUUCGUUUUAAUUUUUGGAAAUAUCUCUUUUUUCCUUUCUCGCUCGCUGCCGGGCAUGUCCUGAUCUGGCGGCCGCUCCUACCACCCUGGGCUGCCGAGCAGAGCCGUCCCCAGCGGGUCUCCCUCCCUGCCUCCCUGACUUUGCAACACCGCGUUCCAGGAGGACCGGCCUCGGCGAGGUAGGAGGCGGGGGAGCUGCGAACACCCGGACCCAAACCCUGACAUGCUCUGGGGCGGAGAAGAGGAAGCCAGGAGCUGAGCGCGCCGCGGGGGCUGCUUCGCCCGCCGGCUCCGAGCGCCGAGCUCCGGGCGCCCUGCCCUGCGCCUGGGCGGCAGCCUUGCUGGUCUGGGGGGCGCCCCCCGCUUCCCGCCC